UUAAAAGUUGGUGAUAAAAUUCCUGACAUUAAACUAAAGAAUGAAAAGGGCGAAGAAGUUUCAUUACCAGAAAUUGCCUCAAAAAACAAAAUUUUAUGUAUUUUUGCUUAUCCAAAAGCUUUAACCUCUGGAUGCACAAAACAAGCUUGUGGCUUUCGUGACAAUUAUGACUCCUUAAGAGAGAAAGCUUCCAUCUUUGGUAUAUCAAGCGACAGUCCAGUUACUCAGCAAAAAUUCAUCACUAAACAUGAAUUACCUUUCAGUUUAUUGUCAGAUCCUAAAAAGGAAUUGAUUGCUCCCUUGGGUGCUAAAAAGGCUCUUAGUAUUUCCAGAUCCCACUGGAUUUUUGUCAAUGGAAAAUUGAAGUCUUCUCAUAUUAGAAUCGCCCCUGAUAUUAGUGUCUCUACUGCUAAAGCUGAAAUUGACAAAAUUUUCAGCGAAUUGAAAUAA